GUUCGAAAGCAACUUUUCGCCUUCAGCCAUUCUUUUUCCCGAGUGAUCCGACAGAAGGCAACAAGGUUUCCGUGAUGUGUGCAUUGGUGACUGGCGGAAUAACAUCGGGAGUCGAGUUCUCCUGGUACAAGGACGGCAAUGCCCUCACACUCGACGACCGCGUCAAGAUCCGCUCGUUUCCAGACAUGUCUACAUUGGUCGUGGAUUCCCUAAGGCAAGAGGAUUCGGGAAAUUACACCUGCAUGGGAAGACUCGGAAACCGGAAAGACUCGCACACUGCAGACCUGCGCGUUCUCGUUCCAGUGAAAUGGCUGCGGGUGCCUCAAGACGUUUCAGUCAGGGAGGGUGAGAACACGACCCUCCGCUGUGAAGCUAACGGGACACCAAAACCAAACAUCAGGUGGGAGAAAGCAGGCGUUCUGCUCAGUGCUGCAUCUGGAUCGAAGCUAGAGCUCUCAAGGACAUCGAAAGCGGACGCCGGAACCUACAAGUGCACCGCAGACAACGGCCUUCGUGAGCCGCUCACUAAAGAAGUCCGUGUCUCAGUUUACGUUCCCGCACGGUUCGAGGAGAAGUUCAAGGUGCAAACUGUUCGUCGCGGAGAAGCGGCCACUCUGCAAUGCCAGGCUAUUGGAGAUUCACCGCUGGAGAUCACCUGGUCCCAAGACAAGAAGCGCCUCAUAUUCGCUCCAGUGACAAGGUACGAAAAGUUCGAGUCGAACACGGAGAACGGCGUGACCUCAGAGCUGGUGAUUCCGACGACAGACAGGAGCGACGCGGCCCUCUACACCUGCGUCGCGAAGAACGAGUACGGCAGCGACGAGAGGAACAUCAAGCUGCUCGUCGUCGAGGUCCCCGCUCAACCGCUGGACCUUCGUAUCCUGGAAGUCUGGAGCCGCAAGGUGAACGUCAUCUGGUCGGAGCCGUACAGCGGGAACAGCCCCAUCAACAACUACAUCGUCCACUACUGGAGGGACAGGGACGGUGCUCAUCGCCUCAUGGAGCAGAGCGUGCCGAACAGCCAGACUUCGGCCAUGAUCAGCGAGCUUCAUCCGGGAGCUUCGUAUUCUCUCACCGUGACCGCCGAGAACGAAGUAGGUCAGGGUCCCCCCUCGGACCCCGUCCGCUUCCUCACCGCCGAAGAAGAGCCCGGUGGAUCACCAACCGACGUCUGGGCGGCUGCCAAGGGACCUACAUCCAUCGCCGUUUCGUGGAAGCCCCCACCACGUGACUCGUGGAACGGCGUGCUCAAGGGCUACUACGUGGGGUACCGGGCGGCCGAGUCCAGCCAGCCGUACUCGUUCAAGACGGUCGAGACGGUGGUCAACGGGUCUCAGGAAGUCACGCUCGUGGGUCUUACAAAGUCAUCGCGGUACAGCGUCAUCGUCAAGGCCUUCAACGCCAUCGGAAGCGGACCGCCCUCCGAAGCACUGCUCGUACGCACACUGGAUGGCGAUGUGCCACUCCCUCCGGCACUGACCCUGAUUUCGAGCACCGACUCUGCGUUCAAGGUUAAGUGGACCCACUCGAAGGCCACCGUUGCUCCCGUAACAGGCUAUACUCUGCACUACAAGAAGAACGCCGGUCCCUGGCACCAUAUCCCGGUCGUGGCUUCGGACGACACCAGCUACACGCUCACAGACCUGGACGGUGGUGCGACGUACAAGGUGUACCUCACCGCCUCCAACCAGUUUGGACGCGGAUCCGGAAGCGAAGCCAUCAUCAUCAACACCACCAAUAACGGAUAUGACCGUGCCUGGGUCUUCUACAAGGAUCCCUCCCUCCUGGUUCCCGCCGCCUCCUUUCUCAUUGCCUUCCUCGUCGUCAUCACCGUCGUCAGCGUCUGCAUCAAGAAGACCAAAGCGCACAAGAACUUCGAAAAAUCCCUGGAAGCAGAGAAGCGCCAGAGCUACGGCGAGGUGACGCAGCAGCAGCAGCGCUACAUCGACGUCACAGAGAAGCGCAACCGCUCCGACUACGCCACCAUCCAGAGCCGGAGGAGCCUCUCCGGAAGCUACAAGAUCGAGGAACUACGCUCGGCGGCACCCAACAGGGGAUACAACACUACGGACGCCAAAGACAGGCGGCGCUCGUCUCUUCGCAAAAGCAGCGCUUCUUCCCACGUCUACGACAGCGCUGCGUGAUUCUUCCACGAAAGAAGACGCCGGAAGAGCUGCUGUUGACUUCUUCAUUACUGUUGAAUUUGAUCUCAUCUGUUGUUCUAGUCAGGCGCGACCCGUACAAGCACGUUAUGGCCACAAUAUCUGUAC